UCGGUUCGGUAAUAAAUUUGAAAAAAAACCAAGCUGGCCGAACCGCACACACCCCUAAUUUUGGUGGUGUUUUAGUAUUGUGCUUGAGAAUUUUGAGUGCUGCUUCAAUCUAAGAUUAAAAAGUUUAAUAUUUUGGUUCUGGGUUUUACAUUUUAUGGAUAAAAAUUUAGUGGUGGUUUAUUAUUGUGCUUAGAAAUGUUGGGUGCUGCUUCAAUAUAAGACCAACAGUUUGGCUCUUAUUAAAGUUUUGGUUUUGGGGCUGAUCUGUUUCUGGGUUUUGCUUUUAAUUAUUUAUAUAAUUCAAAUAAAUAAUAAUUAAAUUAUUUAUGACGUUACCGGUUCGACCAUAAAACCGGUAAUUAGCUCAUUUUUUGGUUCUUUCACAGUACCAGUUUUCAAAACCAUGUUUGCUCUUCUCUCUCUGAACCUUAGGGUUUCAAUUCAACACAGCCAUGCCUCGCUACUUCUGCGAUUACUGUGACACCUACUUGACUCACGAUUCUCCAUCUGUGAGAAAGCAGCACAAUGCAGGUUACAAACAUAAGGCAAAUGUUAGGGCAUACUAUCAGCAAUUUAAGGAGGCACAAACCCAAAACUUCAUUGAACAAAGGAUUAAGGAACAUCUUGGGCAAACUGCGGCAUUCCAGCAGGUUGGUGCUGCUUACAAUCAACAUCUAAUGGUUCAGAGGCCCCACCUUCCUGUUCUACCUACACCUGUAAUGCCGAUGCCUGGUAGCACACAGUUGCCUGGAAGUUCACCAUUAAUCCCAGGGAUUAGGCCUCCUGUUUUGCCAAGACCCCUUGGUGCUCCAGGUUAUAUGCCUUCUCCGGUGAUGGCACCUAUGAUAGCUCCACCUGGUGCUCCUUCCUUACCUGCUCAAUUAAAUCCUAUUCCAAGGCCUCCUGAUAGUGUAGCCACAACAGUUCCUGGAAGCACAGCAGCACCCACCUCUUCCAACGGUGCACCACCUAUGGUCAGACCACCAUUGUAUCAAGCCAAUCCAGUGGCAUCAACAGGUGGAGGCUAUGAUAGUCUCAAUGCCAAUACUCAAGCUCCUGAGGCUAAUCAUUAGCCUUGAUCUUCUGGCAAAUGAAGCAAGCCAAGAAAUUAUUGUGGUUCAACUCCUAUGUUGGGAUUUCCAUCAUUUGGUCCAUUGAUUUUCAGUUCUCACUGUGUAAUGUGCAUUAAGAGCUUGUCACCUGAUGCUGAACAUAAAGAAUAGUUGUGCAUUCUCAUUUUUGUAAGAAUCAUGUCAUAGAUGCAUAUCUAGUUGAUGCGACUGGAAAAGAACCGUUUACAGAGAGUUAUUAUCUACUUUGACAUGCUCUUAUGCUAUAGCAGCAAUUAUUGCUUGAAAUAUGUUUUCAAAAACCAAUUCGCAAGCAAGUGCUGGUUGCAAGGAAAAGACAAUUUUUGGCCAA